AUGCCUGCUGAAUUUGCAGAUAUGAAGCCCAAACGUGUUUUGAUUAAUGACACUACAUUUGAUCGUUUGUUACAGUCCCUUGGGAAUCACGAGUUCGAUACUGGAGUCCACGGGCUUGCUCCCUUCAUUCAAAAUGUAACAUGUCCUGUUUUGAGUGCCAAUCUUAUAUUGACAAAAGUGCCAGAGCUAGAACAACUAACUAAUCUUAAAAAAUCUAUUGUAAUAGAAGUUGCCGAACGCCGAAUAGGUAUUGUCGGUUACUUAACGCCAGACACCAAGCGACUAGCUGUACCAAAUGAUGUUGAAUAUACUGAUGAAAUCCUGGCAAUAAGAAAAGAAGUACAAAAAUUACAAAAUGAAGGAAUAGAUAUUAUCAUAGCUUUAGGGCACUCUGGAUACCCCAAGGAUUUGGAAAUAGCCAGAGAAGUUGAAGGUGUCGAUUUAGUUAUUGGUGGACACACAAACACUUUUCUAUGGAAUGGAACCAGCCCAGAUUCUGAACACUCCCAAGGUCCUUACCCGACUUACUUAGUACAAGAAUCCGGUAAAAGCGUUGCUGUUGUUCAAGCAUAUGCUUAUACUAAAUAUCUAGGGAAACUGCAUUUAACAUUUAAUUCUAACGGUGAUUUAAUCAAUGCUGAUGGAACUCCUAUUCUGUUGGACAAUAAAAUUCCACAAGACUCAGAUGUCUUGGAAAUAAUUAACAAAUAUAGAAACAGUUUAUAUAACAUAACUGAAGAAGUUGUUGGAUAUACUUCUGUUCUCCUAGACGGUGCAAGCUGUUCGCGCAAAGAAUGUAAUCUUGGCAACUUAAUAACGGAUGCUAUGAUAUUUAGAUACGCGAUAGACUAUACUGGUGAGCAUUGGACCGAUGCACCGAUUGCCAUAAUUCAAGCAGGCGGUAUUAGAGCAUCUAUUUCACAUGUGAAAAUGCCUGCAAAUAUAACCCAGGGUGAAUUACUUACAGUAAUGCCUUUCGAAGGUCCCUUAGUGACGGUAACAGUAAAUGGUAGCACUCUCAUUAAAAUGAUUCAACAUUCGGUAAAUAACUACAAUGAUUUAGAAGCAUCGGGACCUUUUUUGCAGUACUCUGGAAUUAAAGUUGUAUACGAUAUUAAUAAGCCUAAAGGAUCUAGAUUGAUAAAAGCUGAAGCUCGAUGUUGGGCAUGUGAUGUUCCAAGUUAUUCAAAAAUCAUUGACAAAGAUGUUUAUAAAGUUAUAAUGCCUGGUUUUGUUGCUAUUGGUGGCGACGGAUAUAAAAUGUUUUCAGGUUUGCCGACGAAAACUUUAGGUUAUAGUGAAUUAGUUGCUACUCAAUAUUAUAUCAAAAGACAUAGUCCCAUUUAUACUCAAAUUGAGGGAAGAAUAACGCUGUUGACAGAUAAUUUUCAACCUAAUACCAACAGUUCCUCGUAUAUCUCUCUUGGGAACCACGAAUUCGACGAAGCUGUGGAAGGAGUUGUGCCUUUUAUCAGAAACCUCAGUUCACCAGUUCUAGCAGCCAACCUCAUUUUAGACGAAGUACCUGAACUCCAAAACGAAACAAACUUAUUCAAAUCCAUAAUAAUAACAAAAAAUAGUAUUAAAAUUGGUAUUAUUGGAUAUCUGACGCCAGAGACUAAAUAUCUGGCUCCUAAAAAUAAGGUCGAAUACGAAGACGAAGUUUUAGCCAUAAGGAAAGAAGUUCAAAAUCUAAAAAAACAAAGCGUGAACAUUUUUAUAGCUCUCGGUCAUUCUGGCAUUGUCAAAGAUUUGAUUAUUGCCAAAGAAGUGGAGGAUCUUGACAUCGUCAUAGGCGGGCAUUCAAAUACAUUCCUAUGGAAUAGCAACACUACUUUGGAAAAACCUGAAACACCUGAGGGACCGUAUCCAAUAGAAAUCAAGCAAACAAGUGGUAGAACAGUGAGAGUAGUUCAAGCUUAUGCAUACACUAAAUACAUGGGUAAACUACAUUUAAUUUUCGAUUCACAAGGAGAAAUAAUAACAUGUGAUGGGCUUCCAAUACUUCUAGAUCAACAGAUACCAAGGGAUCCAGAAUUACUUCAAACUAUAAAUAAGUACAAAAAAGACGUAGAUCGAAUAAACAACGAAGUUGUGGGACAGUCUUUGGUGUUCUUAAACGGGCUUUGUCGUUUAAGAGAAUGUAAUAUAGGGGAUAUCAUUACGGAUGCCAUGUUGAACUUCACGAGAGAAAAAUACCAUAAGCAAUAUCCCAAUGUCAAUAUAGCAGUGGUGCAUGGAGGACGCAUACGUACCUCAAUAACGCAUUCUGGAUCCCCGUUUACUUUAACUAGGGGGGACUGGAUUACAGCACUACCAUUUUCCACUACACUCUCAAUAAUCACAAUGAAUGGUACUAUUUUAAAACAAAGCUUAGAACAUUCUGUGUCAACUUGGAGAACUGUCGACAGCACUGGGCAGUUUCAACAAAUUUCUGGAAUGGAAGUAGUUUACGACUUGGCAAGGCCAGUCGGUUCGAGGGUUGUCAUAGCCAAAGCUGUUUGCUCCAAUUGUAGUAUAGAUACAAAAGUGGAAAUAAAAGACGACAGCGAAUACAAAGUUCUUAUGCCUUCAUUUAUGGCAGACGGUGGUGACGGUUUUACAAUGUUUGGAAAUCUUUCUCAAGAAGUACUUCCCUAUAAUGAAUUAGACUCUUUGCUUUACUAUCUAAAUAAGUAUAGUCCCAUAAAACCGCAACUGGACGGUCGCAUUAAAAUACUGAACGAAGAUAAAAUUGUUAACAAAGCUGAUAUUUCCAUUGAUAACAUACAUUUUAUACCAUCAAGUGGUUGUCUCGGCAACCAUGAAUUGGACGAUGGUGUGGACGGAGUAAUACCUUUCAUUAGAAACCUCAGUUCACCAGUUUUAGCCGCCAACCUCAUUUUAGACAAAGUUCCCGAACUCCAAAAAGAAAAGAACUUACACAAAUCCAUAAUAAUAACAAAAGAUAAUAAAAAAAUUGGUAUUAUUGGAUAUCUGACGCCAGAGACUAAAUAUCUGGCCGCUAAAAAUAAGGUCGAAUAUGAAGACGAAAUUUUAGCCAUAAGGAAAGAAAUUCAACACCUGAAAAAACAAAACGUGAACAUUUUAAUAGCCCUCGGCCAUUCUGGAAUUGUCAAAGAUUUGAUUAUUGCUAAAGAAGUUGAGGAUCUUGACAUAGUCAUAGGAGGACAUUCAAAUACUUUCCUUUGGAAUGGCAACGCUACUUCGGAAAAACCUGAAACGCCUCAAGGUCCAUAUCCUAUAGAAGUUAAGCAAGCAAGUGGUAGAAAAGUGAGAGUUGUUCAAGCUUACGCUUACACUAAAUACAUAGGUAAAUUGCAUUUAAUUUUUGACUCCCAAGGAGAAAUAAUAGCAUGUGAUGGCCUGCCAAUACUUCUUGACCAACAAAUACCAAGGGACCCAGAAUUACUUCAGACCUUGCAAAACUACAAAAAAGACAUAGAUCAAAUAAAUAACGAGGUUGUAGGGCAGUCUCUCGUGUUCUUGGAUGGAUUUUGCCGGCUAAGGGAAUGUAAUAUAGGGGACUUGAUCACUGAUGCCAUGUUAAACUUCACCAGAGAAAAUUACCCUCAACAAUACCGCGGUGUGCAUAUAGCAUCAAUAACGGGGGGCGUUAUACGUAGCUCAAUAAUAGAUAAUAAUAGAUCCCCUUUCCCUUUAACUAGAGGUGACUGGAUUAACGUGCUACCAUUUUUAAACACACUAUGUAUAGUCACAAUGAAUGGUUCUACAUUAAAACAGAGUUUGGAACAUUCAGUGUCAACCUGGAGUACUGUCGACAAAACGGGACAGUUUCAACAAAUUUCUGGAAUGGAAGUAGUUUACGACUUAGCAAGACCAGUCGGUUCAAGGGUUCUCAUAGCCAAAGCUGUUUGCUCCAAUUGUAGUGGAGAUACAAAACUGGAGAUAGAAGACCAUUAUGAGUACAAAGUUGUGAUGCCUUUGUUUAUAGCAGACGGAGGUGAUGGUUAUGUUAUGUUUGAAAAUCUUUCCAAAGAUAUACUACCUCAUAGUGAAUUAGAUAGCGUGCUUUACUUUGUUAAUAAGUAUAGUCCUAUAGAACCGCAACUAGACGGUCGUAUUAAAAUAGUUAACGAAGAUAAAGUUGAUAAUAGUGCUGAUAUUUCCAUUCAGAACAUUAGUAUUAAACCAUCAAGUGGAGAUGUUCCAACGAUCAAUCUAAAAUUUUACUAUGUAGUUUUAUUUAUGUAUUUCCCAAAUAUUUAUUUACAUGGCUUUUAA